GGCGAUGGGUUUAACGAUCUCGAAUUUAUUUGGUCGUUUAUUCGGCAAGAAACAAGUGCGCAUUCUUAUGGUCGGAUUGGAUGCAGCCGGUAAAACGACCAUCUUGUAUAAGUUGAAACUCGGCGAAAUUGUCACCACCAUACCGACCAUUGGAUUCAAUGUGGAAACAGUAGAGUAUAAGAAUAUUUCGUUCACUGUUUGGGAUGUCGGCGGCCAAGAUAAAAUUCGUCCACUGUGGCGACAUUAUUUCCAGAAUACUCAGGGUUUGAUAUUCGUGGUGGACAGUAACGAUAGGGAGCGCGUUGAUGAGAGUCGUGAGGAACUGCACAAAAUGCUAAAUGAGGAUGAACUCCGGGAUGCGACACUGUUGGUAUUUGCAAACAAACAGGAUCUUCCGAAUGCGAUGAGUGCGGCUGAGCUGACUGACAAACUUGGUUUACACAAUCUUCGCUCUCGACAGUGGUACAUACAAGCAACAUGUGCAACACAAGGUAAUGGGCUAUACGAAGGACUGGAUUGGUUAUCAAAUCAGUUAUCGAAAAGUUGAAGAGGUGCGCGGUGAAGGUUAAGGGGCACGACUAUUCACAUGAAUAGUAUGAAUAUCGAAUUAAUUUCCGUAUCACUGCAAAUCAAGUGCGAUCUAUAAGAUUAUUAUUGAUAAUCCAUCACAGACCCGUUCCCUGCUUAUUAUUAUUUUUAUUAUUAUCAUUCAUUAUUGUGUUAUUAUUAUUAUUAUGUGCACUCAGAAUGCACCGUUGUUCAUAUUGAUUAUUAUUGGUGAAAGAAAUUCGUGUGAUCACUC